UUUGGAUGAUGUUGUAGAUGUGAAGCCAGAUGUAGCCAGUUUGAAGCAGUAAAAUAUUUGAACUGGAUAUGGCUGGUUUAAAGUGUUUAAGUAUUGCAUCUAAUUCUUUGGAAAUUGACCAGUGUUCUUCUGUUCCAGGUAUCACCUAGGGUCAAUGUUGUUUGGGUCACUCCUGAUAGCCAUUGCAUCCAUGUUUCGGUUUAUUAUGGAAAUUAUUGAUUCAAGAAGUAAAAUUAGCACCAAUGCUGUGAUGUCCUUUUUGACCAAAUGUCUCAAAUGUUGUUUGUGGUGCUACGAGAAAAGAAUCAAGUAUAUCAGCAAGAAUGCCUACACUGAGAUGGCUAUUUAUGGUCACAACUACUGUACAUCAGCCAAAAUGGCCUUCUAUGUCAUCCUCAACAAUGUUCUUGAACUGGCUACCAUCAACUCUGUGGGUGAUUUCCUUUUGUUUCUCGGAAAAAUUGCAGUAAUGGCAGUUUGUGCUAUUGUUGGGCACGAAUUGAUAAUGGAUUGCCAAAACCUUCAUUACAUGUGGGUACCAAUGGUGGCCAUUUGUGUAUUGACCUACUUUAUAGCCAGCUGUUUCUUCUCUCUUUAUGAGACAACCAUUGAUAGUCUAUUUGUGUGUUUCUGUGAAGACCACCAAAUCAAUGAUGGACAAAGCCGGCCAUAUUACAUGAGUAAAGGACUAAUGGUAGGAAACCAGGAUUUGUUUCUUUUAAUCACAAGCAGACACAUACUCAUAUGCAUGCACAAACAUACAGUGGUUGGGGAAUAAAUAUUCGUACAUGUC